CCUGGCGAGGCGGCUUCCACCUGCUGGAGGAGGGGCCGGGGCGGAGCAAGAUGCGGAGGGAGGUGACGCACGAGCUAUCCAGCUCGCCCGCUCCCGGCCCGACCCCCGCCGAGGCCCGGACUGCGGUAGGCUCCUCCGCAGCCCCUCGGUUAAAAAUGGUCUCUGGGAUGUUUUCUCCCAUGCUGGCUGGCCUACUGUUUUGUCUGGCUAUUGGAUGGACACCAGCAUUUGCCUAUAACCCACGGACCCCUGACCGGGUCUCAGAAACCGAUAUCCAGAGGCUGCUCCAUGGUGUUAUGGAGCAGCUGGGCAUCGCCAGGCCGAGGGUGGAAUAUCCAGCUCACCAGGCCAUGAAUCUUGUGGGCCCACAGAGCAUCGAAGGUGGAGCCCAUGAAGGACUGCAGCACUUGGGCCCCUUUGGCAACAUCCCCAACAUCGUGGCCGAGCUGACUGGCGACAACAUUCCUAAGGACUUCAGUGAGGAUCAGGGCUACCCAGACCCUCCAAAUCCCUGUCCUGUUGGAAAAACAGAUGAUGGAUGUCUAGAAAACACUCCUGACACAGCUGAGUUCAGUCGAGAAUUCCAGUUGCACCAGCACCUUUUUGAUCCGGAACAUGACUAUCCUGGCUUGGGCAAGUGGAACAAGAAACUCCUUUACGAGAAGAUGAAAGGAGGACAGAGACGAAAGCGAAGGAGUGUCAAUCCAUACCUACAAGGACAGAGACUGGACAACGUUGUUGCCAAGAAGUCGGUGCCCCAUUUUUCAGAUGAAGACAAGGACCCAGAGUAAAAAGAAGAUGCUGGGUGGAAGCCCACACCACCUGCUAGGCCUCCGUACUGCUUCUGUGCACGUGUUGUCAGAGCCCUGCGAAAUGGCAGCAUGUUUCUUAUGUAGAUAAUUAUGGAUAAAAAGCAGCUGUAUUUUGGUAGUGCAUUGCCCUUCACACUGAUGUCUCUGCUUUCUGCUAAAUUAAAAGUAAGAGCGUUUUUGUUUUUUGUCUUUUUCAAUGUGGAUAUGCAAUGAGCACUAAAAUUAAAAUGUGUAUGUCAACAACAAUAAAAAAGCAAGACUACGAAAUGCUCAGAUUUCUUGCAGUUAUUUUAAACUGGUGUUUGGAGCGGUACUGAAUCGGCCAAGUCUAUAAAAAGCUGGCAUUUGAUUCUGAUUAUGUAGUUCAGCCCUUAGGCGUUGUUACACACCCAUCAAGGGGGAGGUACUCAGGAGGAGGAGCCGACACGUUUCACUUGGCCGCAUCUUAAUAAAUAUGUAUGCAAGAAUUGGCA